CCUCUCGUAUAAAAUGUCGCGGUCUAGCUCCUGGUUAUUAGACCGAGCUAUCGACUGUAGGGCAAUUGCGCUUCCCCUCCAUCAAGGCGUAGCCUACCGACCCCCCCUCCUCGCUAACGAUUGCCACAACUCUCUGUAUGGCACUACAGGCAGACGAACGUAGUUUGUCCGAGAAGACUUUGGUCUCCAUCUCUGACUCUGAUUCGACGUUGAAACGCGCGACCCUUGCUGGAUACGGCGGAGACUCUCAUGAGUCACUCGGCACUGAAGUGUUUUCUUCUGACAAGGAAAUAUCCCCCGUCACCUGUCAGAAGCCGGACAACGAGCGCAGGCUCACUACAUCAAGGCUGUUCUUUGCACACGUAGGUGCCGCAAUGGCACUAUUUCUAGCGACCACAGAUGCGACGAUCGUGUCCACUAUUCUGCCUACUAUUACCAGCCAACUAAGCGCCUCGUCAUCUCAAUACACUUGGGUGUCUGUCACCUAUAUGCUCACGCAGACCGCCUUCCAGCCUCUGUACGGGAAAGUCUCGGAUCUCGUUGGUCGUAUGACCGUGCUCUACAGCAAUAUCGUCAUUUUCGCUAUAGGUAAUGCGUUGUGCGCCGCUGCCCAGUGGUUGAUUAUAGCGCGAGCCGUAGCUGGCAUCGGCGGGGGCGGGAUUGUUAGCCUCGUCUGGACCAUUACCGCCGAAAUUGUAGAAGUCGAAAGCCAAGCGAAAUGGUCACAGGCGCUCAGUGUCACCUGGGCUUGCUCGGCCAUAGCUGGCCCUGUUCUGGGAGGAGUCUUCAGCGGUAGGCCCAAUGUUCGCCCAAACUGUGUGCUCGACGUGCUCACGAUUAUAGCAGAUCAGUCUGGUAUCUUGAGUUGGCGGUGGGCAUUUUUACUGAACCUCCCUAUCUGUGCCGCCUCUUCUGUGGCACUGUGGUGCUCUUUGAGCGGGGUCAACCUCGGAAGGUCGACCGAUGUGACUUGGGGACUGUUAUGGAAGACCUUCGAUUUUCAUGGCCUGUUUUUCUUCAUGGCUGCGAGUAGCUGUAUUGUGAUUGGACUCAAUGUGUCCUCAGCCAUUGGUUGGACAUCGCCGCUAACUCUUUGUCUGAUUAUCCUGGGGCUCGUAAUAUUCAUUAUUGGCGGGAUGUACGACGUUCGAACGAAGCGGAAUGCCUUAUUUCCCCCGGCUGUCUUCACAGAUCUGACGAUUGUAUCGAUACUAUUUGUAGUCUUUUUACAUAACUUCGCAUUUAAUGCGGGCACGUUUUACUUGGCACUCUUCUAUCAGGCUGUGGAUGGCUUGUCACCCCUUCAAGCCGGGAUCAAAAUGCUUCCUUACUCUCUCGGCUCCUCAUUGGCUUCUAUGCCAGCUGCUUGGUUCAUUGAUUACUGGCAGAGUCGGCGUCAAGACCUCAUGGCACAGAAAUUAGUAACCUCCGCCGGCCUCGCCUUGGCCACCGUAGGCUUCGGCCUCAUGAUACAGCUAUCCGAGAAUACCGGGGUGGUGACGCGAACUCUGUAUGUUAUGACGGCCGGUAUAGGCAUCGGUUUUUUGUUUCAUGCCCCAUACCAAAUCUUCAUUCGUGCUUUGCGGCGAAAGGAGACCGCAUCUGGCACUAGCGCAUUUUUCCUCGUCCGUUUCACUGGCGCUACUGUAGGAUUGACAUUAGCCGGCGCUAUAUUCGACAAUCGACUGAACCAGACGCUCCCUCCUGGACUGCACGCUGCCACAAUUCUGCAACAUAUCCAGUCGCUACAACUCGCAAAUUUGAAGUCGCAAGCAAUACACUCUUUGUCCCUCUCAAUACAGACAAUAUGGAUGGUCUGUUGUCCUUGCCUAGGUGUCGCAUUGCUACUAUCACUAUCUCUACGCAAUCCCUCCGUAGCUUCAGAAGGUGGUUCUCAGGCACAGCAAGGUGGUGGUAUCGGCAUGCCAAAAACGGACUCCGAGUGCGACGUGGUGGCUGUUUGACAUGGACAUCGCUUUGGAGAUCAUUCAGGACUUCGCGCGUCACGUUAAUGACAUAAUGAUACGGCAGUGCUGUC